GCCGGCGGCCGCCAUCCGCCGCCCCGGCUGUGAAUGAAAGGCAGGCGCCGCCGGCGCUGGCUGCAGGCGACUCGGCGACGCGGCCUCCCAGGAGGCGCUCGCCCCGCGGAGAUGUACGGUGUGUGUGGCUGCUGCGGCGCUCUACGCCCCAGGUACAAGAGGCUGGUUGACAACAUCUUCCCUGAGGAUCCCGAGGAUGGCUUGGUGAAGACCAACAUGGAGAAGCUGACCUUCUACGCCCUUUCGGCUCCAGAAAAACUGGACCGAAUUGGUGCCUACCUCUCCGAGAGGCUCAUCCGCGAUGUGGGUCGUCAUCGAUACGGGUACGUGUGCAUCGCCAUGGAGGCCCUGGACCAGCUGCUCAUGGCCUGCCACUGUCAGAGCAUCAACCUCUUCGUGGAGAGCUUCCUUAAGAUGGUGGCCAAGCUGCUAGAGUCGGAGAAGCCUAACCUGCAGAUCCUUGGCACCAACUCGUUUGUGAAGUUUGCCAACAUCGAGGAGGACACCCCGUCCUAUCACCGGAGCUAUGACUUCUUUGUAUCCCGCUUCAGUGAAAUGUGCCACUCCAGCCACGAUGACAUGGAAAUCAAGACCAAAAUCAGAAUGUCAGGCAUCAAAGGUCUGCAAGGGGUGGUGAGGAAGACGGUGAACGACGAAUUGCAGGCCAACAUCUGGGACCCGCAGCACAUGGACAAAAUUGUCCCGUCACUGCUUUUCAAUCUGCAGCAUGUAGAGGAGGCAGAGAGCCGCUCUCCUUCGCCCCUCCAAGCGCCAGAAAAGGAGAAAGAGAACCCAGCGGAGCUGGCCGAGAGGUGCCUUCGGGAGCUGCUGGGCCGGGCCGCCUUUGGCAACAUCAAAAAUGCCAUCAAGCCUGUUCUCAUCCAUCUAGACAACCACUGUCUUUGGGAACCCAAGGUGUUCGCCAUCCGUUGCUUUAAAAUCAUCAUGUACUCGAUUCAGCCGCAGCACUCCCACCUGGUUAUCCAGCAGCUCCUGAGCCACCUGGAUGCCAACAGCCGCAGCGCGGCCACGGUGCGGGCGGGCAUCGUGGAGGUCCUGUCGGAAGCUGCCGUCAUCGCUGCCACCGGCUCUGUCGGGCCCACGGUGCUGGAGAUGUUCAACACUCUGCUGAGGCAGCUGCGGCUCAGCAUCGACUACGCCCUGACCGGGAGCUACGACGGGGCGCUCAGCCUGGGCACCAAGAUCAUCAAGGAGCACGAAGAGCGCAUGUUCCAGGAGGCCGUCAUCAAGACCAUAGGGUCCUUUGCCAGCACGUUGCCCACUUACCAGCGCUCCGAGGUGAUCCUCUUCAUCAUGAGCAAGGUCCCACUGCCUUCCCUGCAUCAUCCCAUAGACACGGGAAAGACCGGAGAGAACAGGAACCGGCUGACGCAGAUUAUGCUGCUGAAAUCCCUCCUUCAGGUGUCCACAGGUUUCCAGUGCAACAACAUGAUGUCGGCCCUGCCCAGCAACUUCCUCGACCGCCUUCUCUCCACCACCCUCAUGGAGGACGCAGAGAUCCGUCUCUUUGUUCUAGAGAUUCUCAUCAGCUUCAUUGAUCGUCACGGCAACCGCCACAAGUUCUCUACCAUCAGUACCCUCAGCGACAUCUCUGUCCUGAAGCUGAAAGUGGACAAGUGCUCCCGACAGGACACCGUCUUCAUGAAGAAGCACUCCCAGCAGCUCUACAGACACAUCUACCUGAGCUGUAAGGAGGAGACGAACAUACAGAAGCACUACGAGGCGCUCUACGGCUUGCUGGCGCUCAUCAGCAUUGAGCUGGCCAACGAGGAAGUGGUAGUGGACCUCAUCCGCCUGGUGCUGGCUGUUCAGGACGUGGCCCAGGUCAAUGAAGAGAACCUGCCUGUGUACAACCGCUGUGCCCUCUACGCGCUGGGCGCUGCCUACCUGAACCUCAUCAGCCAGCUCACAACGGUCCCUGCCUUCUGCCAGCACAUCCAUGAGGUGAUAGAGACCAGGAAGAAAGAGGCUCCGUACAUGCUCCCCGAGGACGUGUUUGUGGAGAGGCCUAGGCUGUCUCAGAACCUUGAUGGAGCAGUGAUUGAGCUCCUCUUCCGCCAGAGCAAGAUCAGUGAGGUCCUAGGGGGCAGCGGCUACAACUCAGACAGACUCUGCCUGCCCUACAUCCCUCAGCUGACAGAUGAGGAUCGCUUAUCCAAGAGGAAGAGCAUUGGAGAAACCAUUUCCCUGCAGGUGGAGGUGGAAUCCAGAAACAGCCCUGAGAAGGAGGAGCGAGUGCCUGCCGAGGAGAUCACCUAUGAGACGCUGAAGAAGGCCAUUGUGGACAGCGUGGCAGUCGAGGAGCAGGAACGUGAACGGCGGCGACAGGUGGUGGAGAAGUUCCAGAAGGCACCUUUUGAGGAGAUUGCGGCACACUGCGGGGCCCGGGCAUCGCUGCUGCAGAGCAAACUCAAUCAGAUCUUUGAAAUCACCAUCCGCCCCCCGCCGAGCCCAUCAGGCACCAUCACCGCAGCCUACGGCCAGCCUCAGAACCACUCCAUCCCAGUCUACGAGAUGAAGUUUCCGGAUCUAUGCCUCCUUACCAAAGAAGGAGCCCAAGCAGGUGAGAAGAACUGAAAAAGCCCUCACUCAGAUGCUGUCCUCUGUCCAGCCUCCUAGACAAGUCUAAACGGAUGAACAGUGAAAAGGUGGGGCUGGGACCAUCCACAGUGCUUGAGAAGUAUGAGGAUCGUAUACAUUCUGCCCUUUGCCCUGGGUGUUCUGGGUCCCCUGGGACAUGUUUCAGUUGGCCUGAGAAUCACAGCAGUCUUGGGGUACCAUUAAACAGCUCAAAGGCCAGACCUCUGGGCUGCUUUGGGGGCCCCUGGGUCAUGAUAGCUUCCGGUUGCUAUUGUGUGGUCCCCAGGCCUUCUGACCUGGGCACAGAAAGUGUCGCUGGGAAGUGAGGCCAUUUCUCCCAAUCCUUCUCUGUGACCAUAAAAUGGCAGCCGGCCCAUGGGGGUCUGUGUGAAAGGACUAGACCUGUGUGUAAGGCUGAGUAUGAAGUUUAAAGGCAGACAGGGAGGACACCUCAUCAGAGUAGGUCAUGCUGCUUCCCCUAACCCACAGACCCUGGCAGGCAGAUCUUGCCGAAACAAGGCAUCUUCCUGGUGUCUGAGGAGAUUUUGGGCCAUGUACUGCUUCUUCAUCCCCUAGAAAUCUGGUUAGAGUGACCCAAGGUCUGAAGAUUGUGGAAGGCUGGUCACACGGCCUGGCCAGCCGGGGAAGUGGGGAGGAGACAGGGACUGUGAGCUCUGUGGCCUGUUGGGGUCCGAAGGCAGUUUUCUGUGCUCUCCUUUAACAUCGGCGGGGUUGACCAGGUCUUUUCUCCUUUGGAGGACCUUGGGGCCUCGGACCGUCACCUUCCCCUUCUGAGCUCUUCCUCCAUGAAUGUCAGUUCUGACCUGUGGAGUGCAGAGCGGUAAAUCCACAAAUGCUGCAGCAUUACACAUAUUGUAACGUGUCUGCAUCCAUGUAGACCUUCAUGACCUGGCUGAGAGUGUUACGUGCCCACCUGCACACGUGUGUGUAAUGUAGUUCAUAGUUGACCAUAUAUGUACAUAACAGCUGAAUUAUUUAUAUGGGAGUGCAGAAUUAGUGCCUGUGGCAGUGUUCUGUAUUUUAAACUCAUUGAAUCAAAUUAGUUUUAUUUUAAGGAAGGGGAAAGAAGAUUGGGUUGGGGGGGUGUAGGAAGAAGGACUAUUAGCAAGAUCAUUCUUUAGGAUUAUUAGUCAUGGUUUCUCAGUGAGUCUUCGGGAUGCCCUUUUCAAAUAAAUGUUAAUGUUGUCACCA